AUGUUUAGACUGGGUCUUCUUGCGAUAUUACUCACCAUAGUCGCUGGGAGGCAUCAGCCUCCCGAUCCAACUUUUGGGAUUCGGGGUGGAUCAUCAUCGUUGCCUCGUUCUCCACCAUCAUACUUCAGCCCUUGGUCACCUCCAAAACUCCAACCAUGGAGCGGGUCUGCAUCAACGACCCAAAGUACACCAACAAGAGAUGCAGAGGAUGUUUCAACGAAGGAAAUCAUUGACUCCUUUUUGACAAGGGAUUCCAGAACUACUUUCAUUGCAAGAGUCUAUGCCAUCCUCGGUGUUCAAUUGAUAGUCACAGCCUUAUCUUGCGCCAUAUUUGGUACACAUCCGUUUCUUUCCAGUCUCCCAGCUCGAAUUGCGUCAGGAGAGUAUCAGGGUACAUUCGCAUUGAUCCCAUUGUUCGGGGUCCUUAUCAGUAGUGUAUCAUGGUUCAGAGUGUCGCUGAGCCCCAAUGCGAGGCAUAGAAGUCCCAACAAAUGGUGGUGGCUGGGGAUCUUUACUCUGGGGGAGUCGCUGAGUGUCGGGUUCCUUACAACAUUCUUCAAGUUCCAGUCGGUUAUCUUAUCGAUGGUGGCAACAGCAAUCGCCACGAUAUCCAUUUCGGCAUUUACAAUUCUUCAAAAGAACCCAAAGUAUGACCUUUCGCAAUGGGGAAACACGCUGAGCAGCUGGGCUUUGAUACUGCUCAUGUAUCUAGUAGUUGUCUGGUUCCAACAGAUUGGUAUUAUACCAAUCGAAGUGCUGCCGUUCUCAAACAUUCUGUAUUCCUUUGUUACAUCUUGCCUCUUUUCUGCUUUUCUGGCAUAUCAUACAAAGCUGAUAGUCGGUGGAAAACAUGCGAAGUAUAGAAUGAACGAAAAAGACUAUGUUCUCGGUGCAAUGGCUCUAUACGAUGACAUUGUCAAUUUAUUCCUCAACAUAUUGCAGAUAUUAGGGGAAGAAAAGGAUUGA